AGCGGAUUACAGACGGAAGGACGAGCCAUUUCUCCUUUAUAGAUACUGAUAUGUACGCGAAAACGGAUUGAACCGUCGUCUUCACCUUUCGUCCCUUUCUUCCAUGUAUCCUGUAACUAACGCCCGUAUUCUCUUGUUCGGUACAAUUGUCACCUACAAUCACUGAUCGAACUUAAAAAAACAAUGAGUAUGGAUACCGGCGCCACGUUGCGUAUCUCGCGUGUACUUCUCACCGGACCCCCUGGUAUAGGCAAAACUACGAUAUGCAAACAGCUAACUAAAAUGAUAGAGGAGAAAAGUUACAAGCUUGAUGGUUUUUAUACGGAAGAAGUUCAAGGGCCAAACGGUAGAAGGAUUGGGUUUGACGUUGUACUUGUGAACAAUUCUGAGAAAAAAUCGAUAUUAGCAAGAGCCGAAAAUGCGAUAAACGAGUGGCAACGAUCUAAAUAUAAAGUGGGAAACUACCAUGUAUUUCUUAAUGAUUUUGAAACGAUGGCAUUACCAGUCUUUGAUUCAAACGCAGAUAUACUUAUUAUCGAUGAAAUAGGCAAAAUGGAAUUAUUUAGCCCGAAGUUUCAUGAUAAAAUACUGAAAUUAUUCUCUGAAACUUCGAACAAACCUUUUAUAAUUGCAACAAUACCUCUAAUGCAUAAAAUUCCACAGAGACAUUUGCCUCUAUUUCAAAACCUCCACGCAGAUGAGAAGUCUAAAGUUAUAACCGUAAAUCGCCAAAAUCGAGAUACUUUACCGCAAGAAAUUUGUCAUCUUAUUUCAUAAGGUGAAAUUAAUUUCAAUAAAAACAAUCUAAAUACCAAAUACAUUAUAAACAUCGUUUAUUCUUAACAAAAAAAAAACAAAA